AAGCCACCGCGAAGGAAGACUUGCUCCGCAAAGAGUGAAGGUGAUUGGAGACCUUGUCUUGUGGGAAGGCCCGCUAGGAAAGACUGUUGGUGGAGCACAUCCAGAUCUGUUUGAAGAAGUGGAUAUAGCCGCACACAGGUCUGAAACACACUUUGCUCGAUCCAUGAAAGCAACUGCUGUCAGGUAUCAAGAGAUAGCUAAGCUGUUCACAGCUGAAACGAAAGGAACAGUUGCUCACAGAGAGUUCUUGGAUUGGUGGAAGUGGGACAGCAUUGGAGCAGCUUGCGACCCAAAGUGUGGAGGAUGCCGGUGCGGCAACUGUCAACCAGGAGGCAAAGAAAUGACUCUGAGUGAGGAAAGAGAGCUGGAGAUCAUAAGGAAAGGCCUCACCUACAUCAAAGCAGAUGCUCACAGUGAUGAACCCCACUGGGACACAAAAUACCCCUGGAUUCAAGAUCCAAGUUCCCUUCCUGACAACAGGAGUGGGGUGGAAGCCACCUUCUUGAGAACAGAAAAGCAACUCAAAAAAGAGCCAGAGUGGAGAAUAGCAUACACAGCUCAAGUCCAUGAAAUGGUCGAGAGAAGAGCAGCGAAGAAACUCACCAAAGAGCUCAUUGCCAGCUGGAAGGGGCCAGUAUGGUAUGUCAGCCACUUGGUGGCAGCAAACCCGCACUCUCUCACAACACCUGUGAGACUGGUAUGGAACAGCAGCCAGAAGUUUAGAGGGGUCAGCAUGAAUGACCUUCUGCUGAAAGGGCCUGAUGUCCUCAAUCCCAUCCGAGCAGUACUACUCAGGUUCAGGAGAGGCGUCAAUGCUGCCCUCGGCGACAUUAAGAAAAUGUACAAUUCUGUGUGGUUGGAAGACCUGGAGAUGCACCUCCACAGAUUUCUCUGGAGAGACACUGAGGAGGAAGAGAUUGAAGAGUAUGCGAUCACCAGAGUCAACAUUGGCGAUCGACCAGCAGGGUGCAUUGCGCAAUUGGCUAUGAGAGAGACAAGCAAACUGCCCAUGUUUGCUCACCUGGAGGAGGAACGUAGGAUCCUUGAGGAGGAUACCUAUGUCGAUGACAUCCUGACUUCCCAUAAUGACUUGCAAAAGCUGGACCAGAACACCAAAAGUGUUGAAGAGAUCCUGAAGGCAGGCGGCUUCGUCCUCAAGCCCUGGGUCCGGUCAGAUCAAAGUGGGAGGCAGGAGAUCGUACCAGAAGAACAAGGAGCGCAGUCAAGCACAGCACUCAUUCUCCCAAACCAAAUGAGGGAAGGAUACAAUAAAGCCCUUGGAGUUGGAUACCUUGUUGAGGAGGAUAGACUGUACCUCAUGACUUUAAUCAAUUUCUCAAAGAGGAAAGGGAAAAUGAGAGUCGGCCAAAAUCUCCUUGAUGAAGAGGUGAGAGGGAAAACUCCAAACCCACUGACGAGAAGAGAACUGCUGAGCCAGGUAGCUAGCCUGUAUGACCCAAUAGGCCUCGUCACACCUGCCAAACAAAAGGGCGCCAUUCUUGUCAGAAAGGCGUUUCAGGAAGCUGGAGGCAAAACUCUGACCCGAGACACUUGGGAAAAACCUUUGUCUGAAAAUUUGAGGGAAGAAGCCAUCCAAUUCUUUGAGGAAUACACACGUCUUGGCCAAAUCACCUUUCACAGAAGCCUCACACCAGCCAACUGGAUUGGAAAACCAUGGGGAAUAACAUUCUCUGAUGGAAGUGACAAGAGCUAUGGAGCCGUAGUGUACUUAAGAUGGGAGACCCAGCAAGGCAUCAAAGUCAGACUGGUUGAAUCCAAAGCAAAGCUCACACCAUUGGACCAAAAGGGAGAACCAGUAAAAGCUGAAAUCUGCGGUGCUGUCUAUGCAGCACGACUUCGAAAAGUUGGAGAGAUCCAGAAAUCCACAUCCAUAGAAGACUGGUGGUGGAUCCCAGGAAGCCUGAACAGUGCUGACAUCAUAACAAGAGGGGCAGCCCCAGAAGACCUCCAGGAAGAUUCCAUGUGGCAGGAUGGACCAGCAUUCCUGAGGAAACCUGUGAAAGAGUGGCCACAUAAGUCAGCCAAAGAAAUCGCUGCGUAUGCCAAGGAAGGUAUAAACAAACUUCGAAGGAAAGCUUUCUCAGCAGCACUGACCAGAGCGCAGGUCAAGAGAAACCAGAGUGAUGCACAGCAAAAUAACCCAGAUGAACCCAAGACUCGGAUCCGAAGAUCACCAGCCGGCUCUGCGGUAACAAAACUGAUUGACAUCAGGAAAUUCAGCAAUCUGACCAGGCUGAUCCGAGUCAUUGCCUGGGUUUGGAGAGCCGCAACGAGAUGGAAAGAAAUGUUAACCAAGAAUUCAGCCUCAGAUAAACCAAAGUGGGAGGACGCUCUUUCAACAAACUGGAGGUACAGAGCCAAACAAGCUGUACUCACUGUCGGGGAGUGUGAGGAUGCACUAAGAGACUUGUUCCUUGCAGCUCAAGAAGGUAUAACCUUUCAAGAUACCACUCUCAACAGACUCGCUGUUUACAGAGAUAAAGAGACUGGGCUCUUAGUUUGUGGAGGAAGGUUCCAGAUCUUUGAUGAGGACGAAACUGCCGUACCAAUUCUACCAUAUGAGGCAUGGAUAUCCACUCUCCUAGCUCAAGAGGCCCAUGGUGCAAAUCAUGAAGAAAUAGCAGGCACACUCCUCCGGAUGAGGAAGAAAGCCUGGGUGAUAAAAGGCCGUAAGCUGGCUAAAAAGAGAGUUGACAAUUGUGUGGUGUGCAGAAAGGCCAGGGCCAGAAAGUGCCAACAGAUCAUGAGUGACCUUCCAUCCGAGCGGAUAACACCAGCCAGACCAUUUGAGUACACAACAGUGGACUUAUUUGGACCGUAUGAAGUCAAAGACACUCUCAACUAAAAUACCUGCUACAGUUCUUCAUAGGGAUGUCAGACGCAUCAUUGUUAUACUUCCUGUUGAAGAAGGAAGAGCCUGAUAGCUGAAAUCGAACAUGCCCAACACAGAGGUUCGUGUGACCUCCUUCGGUUCAAGAACCAGGAGGUCAAGUGGGAGGUGUUGCGUCAAAACAGAACACUCAAAACAUGAGCACAAUGGCAGCUCUUCCUUUAAAGACCUCCAGGCCUCAAGAGGGCAGAUAACCCAAAAAAACACAGGUGGAACUAAAAAAUUGAGCCAGGAUUUCUGGAGGGACUACUUUUACAUGCGCACUUGUCAGAUAAGCAUGGGUAUACAAUGUUUGGUCCUCAACAUACACACAGCUCAUUGUUCAACCCUAAAGACGCAACUGGUAUGUAAUGUUUGGAAUUAUUUAUUAUGUUGCAUCCAGUGCUUAGCAAUUUACAUGUUUAACUCUGGUAGGAAUUUUGACUUUUGUUGUGGAUAUUUUCUGACCUCAGAAGUAAUUGCUAGAAGUGCUAGAUUAAAUUGUUUAAACGUUUACUUUAUUCAAAGCCAUGCUUUGUUGCUGUGUCAUGCAUUGUUUAGUGUAAAAUAAUGCAUGUUUAUUCUCUGUUUGUUUAAGGUUAUCAACCUAUUCCUAGUGCUAGUGCUAUUCCUAGUGCUAGUGCUAUUCCUAGUGCUAGUGCUAUUCCUAGUGCUAGUGCUAUUCCUAUUGCUAUUGCUAUUCCUAUUCCCUAUUCCUCUGUGAUUCAACUACUCUAUUCAACAAAUCAACUAUUUCAACAUAUUCAACAAAUGGCAUCAAAACCAUAAUAAAACACUGGAAAGGAA